ACUAAGAUCAAAUAUACUGUAAUAGGUCAAUCUCGAGCUUCAGAAGCCCCCCAACAACACAAGAAACCAGUUGAAGCAUUGGGACCUGAGUUAAUUUAUUCUAAAAUUGUGUAGUUAGAACUUUCAUCUAUUAAACAUGCUUAAAAGAGGAUUUAAAAUAGUUCAAUAUUCCUUACAAAAUGAGAUAACCAGAAGAAACGCCAGUACCAUCGGUUUUAUUGGUAUUGGAAACAUGGGAAGUCACAUGGCUGGUCACUUGGUGAAGAAGGGCGAAAAGGUGAAGGUAUUUGAUAUAUCCCCAGAUGCUGCCAAAACAGUAAAAGGUGCACAUGUUUGUUCAUCGCCUGUAGAAGCAGCACAAAAUUCCGAUAUUGUAUUCACAAUGCUGCCGAAUGGUAAUGUGGUAAAAAAAACCUUAUUAGAAGAGGGAGUCUUGGAAGCAAUCCCAAAAAAAUCCCUCUUGGUAGACAGUUCUACAAUAGAACCCAAGGUAUCUCAAGAAUUAUUCGAAAUAGCAAAUGGGAAAGAUGUGAGGUUUAUAGACGCACCUGUAUCUGGUGGAGUAACAGGGGCUGAAGCUGGAACUUUAGCAUUCAUGGUAGGAGGAAAUGUAGAAGAUGUGGAAUACGUUAAACCAGUCCUUCUUCAUAUGGGUGCCAGAGUAUUUCAUUGCGGCAAGGCUGGUGCGGGACAGAUCGCAAAACUUUCUAAUAAUCUGAUACUAGGUGUUUGUAUGAUGGGGGUUUCUGAGGGAAUGAACCUUGGAAUAAAAGCAGGAUUGGACCCCAAAGUACUUCAUGAAAUUGUCAAUGUUUCAACAGGAAGAUGCUGGUCUUCAGAAACAUACAGUCCUGUACCUGGCUUGCUGCCAAAUGUACCCAGUUCAAACGACUACAAAGGAGGAUUUAACAUUAGACUGAUGUCCAAAGAUUUGGGGCUUGCAGAAGCUACAGCUGUAAAUUCUGAAGUAUCAGUCCCACUUGCUGCUUGUGCACAUCAAAUUUAUAGAGCUCUGAUCAGUAAUGGUUAUGGUGAUAAAGAUUUCUCUGUAAUUUAUAAGUUUUUGAGUGGUAAUAAAUAGUUAACAAAUAA